AUGGCGCGCCGCUCUUUAGGGCUGUGCAGUGCAGCAACAAGAGCAUUUGUGGAACAAUGUGAGUUCCUGAGUCUGGGGUGCUAUUGUGCCCCUGCAUAUGCGCUGCAGCUUUUGGGGCUGCGCAAACACUCAUAUCCAUUCGACUGGACUCGCACAUCGUUGCAGAGCAUCCUGGAUUGCAUCGACGCGCGAUUUAUGGACUUUAUGUGGUACUCAACCUACCAGCAGAUGGGCCCUCACCACGUCUUCGGUGGCACACCUUGGGGCGGAGCCUUUUGGCACCACAACCCCUUGUGCGAGACCACGUGUAAUGAUAUGCAGAAGCGCUCUCAGCGCUUUAUGGGCCUCAUGGAAGUUGGACCUCGCACUUCAAGAUUCUUUAUCCGAGUCGUGAAUGCUGCGCAUGAGAUUCGUCGAUGUCUGGAAUUACGCCACCGUCUGCAGAGUUUGUACGCAGGGGAUGUCUAUGUUGUUUUGGUGUUGGAGAUGCAGAAGGACAGGGGACCAGUGAUUGUGAAUACUCCAGAUGGUGGCUGCGAUGCAUGGUGGUGGAAGUUGAAGGUUGUUGCGUUUACCGGCAGCUGA